AUGACAGUCACGCGAAAGAGCAUCGUACAGUUUGUUCUGCGCCUUUUUCGCCGAUUCAUUGUUUGUCUUCGUCGCACAUUCAAGCCGUUUAAUCGAGCAAUGGGUGAAAGUUUUGUGGUAGUCUUCAAGGCCGGUGGUUAUGCAGUUUAUGUCCUAUUUUUGUUGCUUGGUGCAUAUUUGUUGAAUCAACUUGACAGGUACGCUUUGGCUGUAUCAUCUCAGCCCAUGGCUCACGACAUUAAGUUUGGAGAUAAAGGAUGCCUGCCUUACAACUCAUCCUUUUCAAAGGAUUACAAAAAGAUUUGUGUCGAAAGCGUAAAGGAUAGCAAUGAACCGGAGAAAAACCAAACUGCGUAAGUAUACCAAGGUUUUAGCUGCUUCUACUUUCUAGACUCUUUCCUGCACGUGUUUUGAACAGUGAGUUCGUUACUCAUAACUAUUUUACAGACACAUGACAAACCUGUGACCGUAAAAUUUAUGUUCAGUUGUGAAAAUGAUGACUGACGCAUAGAAUUUUGUUGGAUAUUUAGUAGAAAUCAGAAACCAUCGCGUGAUUUUGGAACAGUACGUGCUCUUGUGUUACGUAAGAAAUACCAUGAUGGUGUACUUUCUGUGUCGGGUCAUCUUACGCAGAAAGUUGUUUCGUAACAUUCGGUGGUAAUUGUUGUGGUUAGAGGGUUGCAAAGGGCAAUGCUGGGUUGACUGAAAAUUGUUUUGCAACGUCUAGGAGUGAUUGUUGUGUUAAGCAAAAAAAUGCUGUGUUAACUGAAAGGCUUUCACUUGUGAUGUGUUACAUUUUUCAUCCACUCCCCAAAAGUAUCACCCUGCAAGCAAAGCCCCCUUUUGUCUUCUUGAAUGCAGAGGAAAAAGGGAGGUUCUACCUGAAUAGUGUCACAGACUCAAACCCAGUCACAAUUUGUGUGUUUUGGGGGUGAGAGAAGAUUGGGGGUUAGGUUGAGGCACGCGCGGGGUCUCAUGGGAAGGGACAAAGGAAAAAUAGCGAUGAAGAAUUUCUCGAGUGUGCCAAAAUUGAGCAAGUUGAAAGUAAGGCUCUGUCAGCAGGGUGCAAGAGUAUUUGCUACAUCUGUAGUUUGUUUAUAGUCAAAUUUUUAUGUGACUUUUGGUAAGGCUCUGUAAUGCAAAAGGUAUGAGGACUGAUACUGUAUUAAUUUAUAGAGUACCGAAGUGAUGACGUCAUAAAAAUGAAAUUUGUAAAAUUAUGGGAUUUGUUAAGAUAUUCUGAAAGAACAACGUCCAAGACGCCUACUCGCCAAAAAUUAGCAAGUUAUGCUGUGAUAAUUCCAUACAAAUCCUUCUAAAUUUAGCUUGGUUCAUAAGAUUAGGAACCAGGUAAGAUUUAGAAGGAUUUGUAUGGAGUCAUCGGAGCAUAACUGGGCUAAUAUCUCAGAGACUAUCUGCCCCAAAUUGCUAAUUUUUGGCGAGUAGGCGUCUUGGACGUUGUUCUUUCAGAAUAUCUUAACAAAUCCCAUAAUUUCACAAAUUUCAUUUUUCAUGAUGUCACACUUCGGUACUCUAUUCAGCUACACGUAUAAGCUGAACAAUUUGUACACAAAUUAGUGCUAAAGUUAAGUGAAAUUUGAGCCCAAGAGGUGGUCUCAUCUCUUAGCCAAAAGUUUUUGAAAAAAUUAUUUUCAGUGCAUUGAAACUCUAAUAACAGGGGAUACUUGUACCAUAUUCACUUAUAAGCCUAGCAAAUAGCAGUAAAAGAUCUAAUAAUUAGUAGUUACGCGAUCAAUUAUUGAGGGGGGCAUUGGGGUAUAUUAGAAACCGCAAAACUGAAGAAAAAAAUCAUCCAAAACUGCAAAAAAAUUCGGCCAAAACCGAAAACCGCAUACAAAACCAUCAAAAAGCGAUACAAUGGUGACAAGUGAGACAUACAGAGCAAACAAAACUAACACUAAUUUCACUGAGCUGAGUCGACGCUGAGGAAGCUAACCGGUACAAUUAGUUCCUUUUCAGUUUUACAUGGCAGCAAGAACUUGCUCUAAGGUUUAAUGUGGUAAUAAACAGAUACUCAAAAAAGCAGUCGAUUAUUGAACCUCACUGCCCUUCCAAAAACCAAAAACCACGUCGGGUACCAAAACUGAAAAACUGCUAGUAUUUUUCACGAAAACUGAAAACCAGAUGCUAAAAAACGAAAAAUCCACAAACCGCAAUGACCACCAAAACCAAAAACCAAAACUGAAAAAAACCGAAAAACCGAUCUAAAAAUAAAAAACCGAAAAACCGAUCUAAAAAUUAGCCAAAACAAACCUUAAUGAAAAUCAAAACAGGGAGGCUCCCAAUGUCCCCCCUUUAAAAUACCAUUUUUCAUUGAUCCCUUCUCACAUACCUCGUUUGGAACUUGGCAUCCCUUUUUAAUAACUGCUGUAAAAGCUACAAACCUUAAUCAGAUGGGGGCAGGGGUGAUAACUCCUACACCGAAAGAGCUAACGUUCAAAUUUUCUGACUUUUCCUAAAAUUUAUAACAUUUUGGUAUAAUUACAUGUCCAGGCUUAAUCAUGUUGCCAUGGCAACCAGUUUCAACCCAUAGGUUUUGGAAAAUUUAAAAAAUGGUGAUUUUUUUUUGUUUUAAGAUCCUGUUUGUUUUCAAAAUACCAUUUUCAUCAAAAUGUUUCAACAUCGGUUCCCCUCUAUUUUCAAAAACACUUCCUCAUUUUUUUUGGGUAAUAAACAUUAGUUUGAACUUUUCAUCCCUUUUGAACUGCUUUAAAUUAUAAUUUUAACAAAAAAACGCAUUCCAAGAUGGCGGACAACCAUUUCAAAUUUUAAAUUUUAUUGCUUCAUUGUUUUUCAUUUUCCUUGUUACUAGUUCAUAAGGAACUUUAUAAAUAUUAUUGAUAUUUUACCAUAAAAAUAAUAAGUAUUCAUCUGUUCAAAACUGCCCAUUUGUGUAAAUUUCGACCCUAGCAUUAUUGGUUCCAGAGAUACAGAGGGGGGUCCGAGUCAGUCACAGAUUGACCAAAAAAAAGCCCAGUCUGAAUAGGGUUAAAUAGGAACUUUACCCAAAUGACAGAUUUUUCUACCCUUUCGUAUAGUUCAAUGAGUAAAAUCCCUACCCUUUGAUAUACCUGAAGCUUGAAAAAGGUACCCCUUUCAAGCGGAGCCUCCCCGUAUAGGUCAUUAUAGGGAGUACCCCUCUGGCGUGAUAACUUAGCUAAGCACAGAAAUUCAGUCCCAAAUUGUCAAAAUAUCUGACAAAAACAGGGCUCACAAUUAAAAUUACACAUUGGUAAGCCUUUUACAACAAGGGAAGGUCUAAAACAAAUGAAAGAUGUCAAGAAAUGUUUGAACAAUCCACCUUGUUUGGUCAAACACGUCCUUCAAAACAUUUGCCUGGUCACUUAGCACGGACAAAUGCAACACAAACUGCUGUGGUUUGUUUUGAUUAUAAGGCGAUUUCUGUGACCAUUUGAAGCAUACAUGUAAUGCAAUGAAGAUUGAUAGCAGUGAAAAACCCAAACAAUAGUUGUUUAAAACUUGGAUCGUGUAAGCUGUUUAUGUCAUUUAGUCAACCCAUUACGCGAACCGUUCAGAAAAUCAAGGCAAUCUGUUCGAACACUUUCUAAAGCUGUCAGAAAUUUUUGCCUACCAGUUAAAAGUGUUAGUCACACUAUUCAAACGCUUUGAAAAGCUGUUUAUUAGCCGUUUGUUUUUGCCCAUUUAACGGGAAAAUGUCAGUGUAUAUUUUCCUGGAGAAGAUCACAUUUGUUUUGAAAAUGUUAGGUUUCACCGUAGUCAAAAGUCUCGUAACGAAUGGGUCUCGGCUUAUAGCAGGGUGUUUUUGAUUUAUUUUUCAUUCGUAGUUAUAUUGAUUCUAUGCAUUCAAAGUUUAGGGUCUCGGCUUAUGGCCAAGAUCAGCUUAUAGCCUGAAAUAAAUACGGUAGAUAUUACAGUGAAAUCAGUUGUAUGGGGCCACCUUUGAAGAAUAUGUGUAUGGCAGAACAUCGUGGAGCUUGGGGAAGGUAGGUGGCCUGUAAAAUAAUAGGGAUGGAAGGGGGAAAGGAAUUGAGUAAAUUGCUGGUUUUCACAUGGUGCCACAUAAAUACAACAAGUAGGCAGGGUAUAAAACAGCCAGGGAUCUCUUUUGGUUCUUUUUUUUCUUCUCUUUUCCUAUGAAAGUACCAGGGGGCCACAUUCAUAGUAGCCAGGGGAAAUCCCCAGCCCCCGCCUCUUAAUGACAGCCUUGUGUCAUCAAAAUUCAUCAUCAAUCCUCCUGAGUGUUCAAUUUAGUGAAGUAUUAGGGUAGCUAAUGCUUUACGUUUACUACUUUUACCACUGUCAGAUGGCAUGUGCCUUUAAAACAACCAAUGAGUGCAUGCCGCUGGAGGAAAAAAUCCAACUAAGAAAAGUCCAGCUGUGUGAUUUACAUGUAGAACCUAUCACAGAGAUCCCACUCAAACUGAGUGACAUUUGUAAGGUUUGAAUUUUAGAGGAAAAUAAAAUGUAUGGAAAUAUCAAAAAAGUUCACAUUAUCGUAAUACAAUGUGAUGAAUUCUUACAUGUAUGAUCAAAAGUCUUUUUACCUGAAAUGUCAUGUAUUGUCAUUCUUGCAACUAAAGCCAGUGAAUUAUAGUGAUUCGAAGGGUUUUGCGUUUGGCAUAAAAACACAUUAAUUUUGAUCUUAUUUGUGAGAAUUAUUUUCAUUGUAUUACAAUAAUGUGAACCUUUUCGAUAUUCCCAUACAUUUUCUCUAAAUUUAAACAUUACAACUGUCACUCAGUUUGUGUGGGCUCCCCGUGGUACCUAUUAUUGCUUGUUUUUUUUUUCAUUGAAAUUGAUGAAUAUAAAGCAUUGACGGAAAAGAAUAAUAAUUGUGUGUUGUGUUUCAGAUGUGAGAGGAAGAGAGCAGGAAAUUCUUCCCAACAUGUGUGUGUAUGGGAUUAUGAUGGAACAGGAAAUCAGUAUCAAAUUCUUGCUGGUCCAGUUUUCAUUCUUGUUUACACCAUCAGUGGCAUUCCUCUUGGGUUUUGUGCAGGUGUUUUUCAUCGCAGAAAUCUCAUAGUCUUCUGUCUUUUACUCUGGAGUGCCAUGACACUGCUCACUGGCUUUGCCACCAAAUAUUGGCACUUGGUUAUCACAAGAUUUAUUCUUGGAAUAGGGUAAGAAGUUUUUAUGCAUUAUCAAAAGAUUUGUUUGGUAUGUGUACUUAAAAUUGUUUCAUAAUAAAUAAAAAAUAGUAUUUAUUAAGAUUAACGACUACUGUUUUAUUUCAGGGAGGCCGGCUGUACCCCAUUUGCAACAAGUUUAAUUGCUGACUAUUUUCCAGAGGUGAGACCUUAAAGAUGAUAUGAAACUUAGGUUCCUUGGGCACAUAACACUCUUUUGUAGUCAAGAUGGAAGACCUGUGGAGUAAGAUCCAUCUGGAAGCCAAGAGCCUGAGAUGAGCAAGACUUGACAUUUACUUCCCGACUGGAAAAUUGACAAUUUAUUAUAUUCUUGUUAUGUUUGUCUUUCUUGUAACAAGUUGAGCAUUGUGGCAGGCAUGAAAGUUAUGUGUAAUUAAAUUACAAUUAAUUAAUUAAAGUUAGUGAUCGUAAUGUGCCCCCUUUUCUUUUAUUCUCUGUAUUUAGACGUUACGAGGAGCUGCCCUUGGCGUUUAUAACUGGGGAAUUUAUAUCGGUUACAGCAUGGCAUUUGCAUUUGGCAACUUUAUAACUCAGGCUGAUAUUGACGGUAAAGGAUGGAGGUGGGUGUUUUGGAUUGCCGCCAUGCCUGGGUUUGUCCUUGGAAUCCUUAUGCUUUUUACGUUAAAAGAACCAGCAAGGAGUGAGAGAGGAGAUGGAAAGGUUAGCUAUGUUUUCACAUUUUUAUGUUAACAUUUCAUUGUCCAUGUGCACUCAGCUAUCAACACUAUCUACAGACUGUAUGCACUACAUGGUACUUCCAAAAUUGUCCUACGUUGAAACACUAUUAAAUUGUAGAUAGAGCCUCUGGUACCAGUACUGUGUAAUAUGUUACCACUUCCUGAAACUAAAGGCGAUCAUUUUUAGGAGUUGACAAUUAACAAAAAUAUCAUUUUUUUUAAAUCUCCUGUGAGUGAGCACUUGACACCUGAUCUGGUAUUCGACUGGUGCAAGUAAUAUUAUUGUGACAUUUGGUGCCACUCAAACAGCUGUCAAACAACUGAGUUUUGUUCUACACCAGCCACUGUUACUGACUGCCAACGUGUUAGCUCAGUUGACUUGGCAUUUACAGUUGCAUUUAAUAAAACGUUUACAGGUGUAAUUUACAAGGGAAGCCAAUGUCUUAGAAUCUGGCUUGACCAUCACUCAGAGUACUAGUAAAAUAACAGAGUGAAAUGUGCUGCCUUUUUUGCCCAUCUGCAAAUGGUUAGACUUUCUACUCUUCUUGGAUGAGGACUAAAACAUGUUACAGUGGAACCUCAAUAAUUAUUGAGGAUAAUUAUUUUAACGAAGUGCCAAGGGAGUGGGGAAAUUUGUUCGUUAUGUCGAGGGUUCAUUAUAUCGAACACCUCCAUUUAAAAAAUUUUGGGGAAAACCACCAAAAUGUCCGUUAUAUUGAGGUAUAGUUAAUGAUUAAUUGAAAAAACCCAGCAUUUCCGGAUCUGAAAAAUAUUAUAAUAACAUCUCAGUACCGAGUUAUACAUAGCUACGGCACUAGAAACUCAAGAACAGGCAAACACAUAAACACAUAAAUUUUAUCCUUGUUAGUCUGUUUGGCAUUCAUCUUUUAUCACAUGCUGACAUUUAAUCAUAAAUUUAUAUAAAGAAAUGACUAGGGACAAAAGUAACCUCUGAAAGUGAUCACUCCUGGUAUCUUUCUAUCAUUGUUCAGGGUUGUCAUUAAGAGCCGGGAGCUGGGGAUUUUCCCCGGCUACUAAGAAAGUGGCCCCCGGCUACUUUUAUUGGAAAAUAGAAGAAAAAUAGAACCAAAAGAAAUUCCUAGCUGUUUGAUUCCCCGCCUACUUGUUGUAGUUACCCGGCAACUUGACAUCUUAGUGACAACUCUGUUGUUUGUGGUAAUGGAGGGGGGUGGGGUGCACAUUGCAUGGGACCUAUGAAGGCCAUGUUUGAUUGUGUCCAUCCACAGCAGCAGGUCUUUGCCAAGCAAAGCUGAUAUCAAGUAUUCAAAAACUGAUAGAUUUCUUCUCCACUUAGCUUGCUGAUAGAAAAAGAUGCCUCUGCAAAGCAUUUGCAUUAACCACUAGUAGUUAAUGAUGAUUGAUUAUCGAGGCCCUGUUAGGUUUAAAUUCCAGCAAGCAAUGUGGCUUUGAAACAGCAACAUACAAAUAGACGAAAAUGGUGACAAACAACAGAUUGAUGGAUCGAAUAGUGACUGGGACAUAGCCUACUCCUCAGUAUGUGAGAUUACUGUAUUUGAAAUCCAGACUAGGGAUGUAUGUACCCGAAAGCCACUGAAAGCCCCCUCCCCCCUCCCUGCUAAGAGGGGCUCAUUACCUGAAUUUUGUACAACUGAUAAAGGCAUUCCAAUAUUUUCAGUUCUUGUAUGCAUGUUGCCAUUUUUAUGUGCAAUAAGGUUAAUUCUACCACUCUCUUAAUAGAGUCUUGUCGGCCACUCCAGACCAGAGCUACUGAAGCAGAAGAUAAUAUUGCUGUGUAAAACAUUUGUGCGCCCUUCUUUGGUGAUUUUGUUUCUUGCUGGAUCCAUAAGGAAUGCUGGCGGCUAUGUCUGGGCCUAUAACACUCAGCCUUACUUUAACAAAUACUUCCCAAAUACCAAUGUUGGAGAAUACAUGAGCUGGAUUCCUCUAGUGGGUGGCAGCCUGGGCGUGGUCCUUGGAGGUUUUAUCUCAGACCGAAUCAUAAAGAACCGAGGAUUUUAUGCAAGAGUCUGGGUAUUGGUAUUUAGCCAGGUAAGAAGUGAUUGAUAAUUAGAAUACUUCAUGCAUGUUUACUUCAAUGAAUCUUAUUGUUAACAUGAAUAGUUGACAUAGUGGUGUAAAAAUAUAUUUUUCAAAUGCCGUAAUACAAUACUUACUUUUAUUUUCCCCCAGGUGAUCGCUGCCCCGUUUGCUGCCGGAGCUCUGUUUCUAAAACCUCCGUAUGCUUUUAUCAGUCUCAUACCAUCCAACAUCAUUGGUGAAAUGUGGGUCGGAGUGACAUUAACAGUGGUUGUUGAACUUGUGCCAAACACCAUCCGUUCACCUGCGAUCGCCGGUUACCUUUUUAUAAUCUCAAUUAUUGGCGGUAACAUGCCAUUGCUUGUUCCUCCACUAAAGAGAGUAACCAGUCUGCGUACAGCAUUAUAUAUCCUGUUUCCUGGUUUGUACUUGCUUAGUUCAGUGCUGUUCUUGUUGACUGUGUUUUCCCUGAAGCGGGAUCUACGGCGUGCACAAGAGGAAGAGGACGUGAUACGGCCAUUAUUGCCCGAGACACCUGCGGCAGAAAAUCCUGGAAAACGAGUAUAAAUCUGUCAAAGUUAUACUAUAUUAUCGUAAAAUUCAUUAUUGAAAAUACAUGAUGCCUGCCUGGGGGUCACCCCUAUGGUAGUGGCUUAUAUAUGGAGGUUCUGCUCAAAAGGGCACCUUCUUAAGAUAUCAGUGUAUGAAAGGAUAGGGAUUUCACAAGUUGAAGUACUGAAUAUGAAACGGUGGAAAAAUCUAUAAUUUAAGUAUUUAAAGGGGCCUUUAAUUAAAAUGUUUCCAAGAGACAGGCCUUAUGCUCAUGAUGGCUCCCAAGCUUGUGACAUGUUGAUCACAUUAUUUCUCAUGUCUCCAUUAAAAACUGACCAUCUUUCUUUAUAUAUCACAGGCCUUAUGGUUAUAUAAUUUUAAUUUAUUAAAUGGUUACAUGAAAAUGACAAGACAUCCUGGUUAAACGAUUUAUUCUUAGUAAGAACGUAUGUUGAAGGGGUACCAUUUUUCAAUGAAAAGGAUACGAAAGGCGGAGCUUCCCCAUAUAGGACUGAGUAGUCCCCUCCUGGAGUGAAAACAUACCAUGGAUGUUGUCAGCCACGUAACAAUUUUAAAUACACUUUCAUAGUUAAGUUGACUUCUGAGGGCAUUCACACUAGUCCAUCACAUAACUCUCUACAAAAUGUUUUUUUAAUGUAGACCUUUUAUACUAUUCUAAUAAUAAAUCAGACUGUUCUGUUAUGCGUGCCAGAUCACCUUAAAUUGUCUUAAGCAGUCCGUUUGAGUGGUGUUUCAUUUAAACUCAACUGUUUCAAUACCUUUUGUUCUUUGCACGAUUUCCAUGUGCAAUCCGUCAGCUUCUGGUGAAUAGGCUAUUUCCGAGGUCCAAAAACUGUCGCUUUCAAAUGAGGCUUCAUUUGAGUUUUAUUUGCAUGAGAAUAAAAAGUCAUUUUCAUGUCAAUGGUUUCACACUUGGCCUCGCUUUGAAACAGAGGCUUGGAACAACUCAGAAAGGACCUAAUUGCUGACACUGCUCAUGUGUCAGGUUUUCAUGAAGCAUCACCCAAACCACGGCAGUUUAAAAACAUUCACCAUUUUCACAUAGACCAUAACUCACCUUGUUUAACCCUCAAGUUUUGCACAAUCAUUGUUAUAUGGUGGUCUAUGUGAAAAUAGUGAAUUGUGGUAUUUGAGAUAUUAUGAGUUCUCCCCCCCCCCCCAUUGUUUCAGUCAUGUUGCUAUAAAAAGUCCAUCUGAAAACCCAUGGAACCAAUAAGAUAACCGAGGGGGAGUAUGGCCUCCUUUACCUGCAUAUUAAAAAUGAUUCGGCCCUAGAAUCAUAAGUACAGUUUGUAGUUGACUCGUAGUUGAUCUGUCCCGCUAGCUCAUACUGUUUUUUAAUGUCUCGAUUACGCCUCCAGGUCACGCUAGUCAAGGUCCGUUCAUGACACUAGGUCAUGCAAUUCGGUUUCCUAGUUCUUCUCAGGUUACGGCUAUACUAUAUACUUUUUUUAAUCGUAGGGAGAAUAGCCGUGACUUUAAGCAGCUUAAUACCAAAUGAUAACGUUUUUGAAAAGUGUUAUAUAUUUAAUUAAUGUAACUGAAUCACUUCAACUUGAACCAACUAAGGAAAUCCUCUGCUGUUCAAUGAGUGACUUGCAUAUUCACUUCAAAACAGUGACGCUUAGAGAAAACUGCCUUUGGUUCGAGUUAACUGUGGUUCAUGGUUAUCAAAUUGCUGUGAUUAUAUUGUGCCUUUAAAGAUUGCUUAAGCUUUUCAACGUUUGGAAAAACAAGCAAUCUCGCUUCUGGAGAAAUCACUAUUAAAAACGUUUCAAAUUAC